AUAUUUAAGAGCGGCAGCAGGCACGUUAGUUCUACAGUUGGAUCGGCGGUGAUAUCAACGCAGUGCACUGUCGUAGCAGAAUUCAUCACUAUGCCAUCUAUGGACUUGUAUUAUGUUCCGGGCAGUGCUCCUUGCAGAGCAGUCCAGAUGGUUGCAAGAGCUGUGGGUGUUGAUCUCAACUUGAAACAUGUGAAUCUCGUGGCAGGUGAACAGCUUCGACCAGAGUUUCUGAAGAUGAAUCCCAUGCACACAGUUCCUACAAUUGAUGACAAUGGCUUUUACCUUUGGGAGAGCCGUGCCAUAAUCGGGUACCUGGUGGAUAAGUAUGCCAAAGAUGACUCACUAUAUCCUAAGGAAGCCAGGAAGAGAGGAUUGGUGAACCAAAGACUGUACUUUGAUGUUGGGACACUUUACGCUAGAUUUGCUGAUUAUUAUUAUCCUGUAAUUUUCGCUGGAGGGAGUUAUAACCCAGAGAAUUUAAAGAAACUGGAAGAAGCAUUUGAGUUUCUGAACAAAUUCUUAGAAGAUAACGAUUGGGCUGCUGGUAACUCCAUCACUAUUGCUGAUUACUCCCUAAUGGCAUCAGUCAGUACAGCAGAGAUUCUUGGCUUUGAUAUAAAAAAAUACUCUAAAGUUGCAUCCUGGUUUGUGCGCGCAAAGAAAGCAAUUCCAUCUUAUGAAGAAACUAACCAUGCAGGAGCCUUAGAAUUUAAGAAACUGCUUGAUGCAGCGAUUGCCAAAAAGUAAGAGCGAAACUACAGAAGAAAUUGGUGAAAGACUGUCAAUGCAGAUACAUUAAUUUCAUCACAUAACAUUACGAUUUGAGAUCACAAACAUUGUAAUAUACUCCUAUUUACUUUAUACUGAUAAUACAAGGAACAAUUAAAAUAUAUUUGAUGUAACGUUUUUAAAAA